AAAUCUAACCACCCUCCCGUCCCUUUGGGGUGCGCCUACAUUCUCCUCCCACCGCCGCCGCCGGUCGCCGCAGAUCACCGCCAUGUCCCUGCAUCCGCGCCGCUUCAUCAGACACAUCUGCUCCAGCUCCGCCUCCGAGCUCGCCUCGGUGCCGACCGCCGUAUCGACCGCCGCCUCUCUCGCGGCAGACACCGUGCUCCGUGGCCCGCGCUUCGAAUCCAACCUCCUGAAGCUCAUCCCGCGCGCACUCCUCUUCGACCCGAGCUGCGUUCGCCUCACCCUCUCCCACCUCCUUCCCUCCCCUGAACCCUCACUCCACUUCCUCCUCUUCCUCUCCUCCCUCGUCCCCGCCCCCGAGGCUGCCCCGGCACCCUCGCCUCAGCUCCCCGGGGUCGACGCCUUCCUCCUCCGCCUCCCGCCACAUCUCGCCGCAGAUGCCGCCGCGCUACUCGCCUCCCACCUCGGCCUUCACCCGUCCAUCCCUGCACUCAACGCUGCUUCCCGCGCUGCCCUCCGAGCCGCGCGCCCCGACCUCGUCUUCAACCUCUUCUCCACCUUUUCCUCCUCCCCCGACUUCCCAGGCGACGCCGACACCGUCUCCUGCCUCGCGCGCGCCUGCGCCGCUGACCGCCGCCCACUUGACGGCCUCCGCCUCCUCCGCGAUGCCGCUCGACGUGGCUCCCCUCCGUCAUCUGCUGCCGCCGCUGACCUCGUCAAAGCCUUCGCAGCCUCUGGCAACUUCCCCAAGGUAUCUGAUACGCUCCACCUCAUGAUCUCUGCGGGAUAUCCUCCAGAUACGGUUGUCUACCAAUGCAUCAUACACGGACUAUUCGCACACAAGAUGGGCGGUGAAGCCCUUCGUGUCUUCAAUGAGAUCAAGCUGCGUGGUUAUGACAUUGACGCAGUCACUUACACAACAGUGAUCGAUGGUUUAUGUAAAGUGGGCAACAUUGUGGAUGCACGGAAAAUGUGGGAUGAGAUGGUGCACAAAGGUAUGGAGCCCAAUGAGUAUGCAUAUUGCUCUUUUCUCGGUUACUACUGUAAAGCUGGUGAUUUUGAUAUGGCUUACAAGGUGUACGGUGAAAUGCUUGGGAAGGGAUUCAAGGAGAGUACAGUCAGCUGUAACAUUAUUCUCGCAGGGUUUUGUGUCCAUAUGAGGGUGGAUGAAGCGAUUUCUGUGUUUGAGGGAAUGGUUACAGAGGGUAUUGAGCAUGAUGUGUUCACUUACAACACAUUGAUUCAGGGCCUAUGUAAAGUUGGGAGAUUGGCUGAGGCGAUUCGGAUGUAUCAGCGGCUAUUGUCGUCUGGUUUGGAGCCAACUGUGUCAACCUUCACGCCACUCAUUGACACCAUGUGUGAGGAAGGCCAGGUGGAUCAUGCUGUCGAAUUGUUUAGGUUGAUGCAGGCUAAGGGCUUCGAACCGUUGGUGCGUAGCAAUGAUAGUGUCAUAAAUGGGUUCUGUAAGGCCAGGAGAGCUGAUGAUGCUAUGGCAUGGUUGGCAGGCAUGUUGAAGAGCAAUCUGAAACCUCAGAAACAGACAUUCAAUUCUUUGCUGGAGUUGCUGAGCACUUCCGAGCGAGUGGAUGAUGCACUGCUGAUCCUAAAUACAAUGCUCAAAUCUGGAUUUGGAUUAGACAGUUUGCCCUGUACGAUACUUGUUGAUAAGCUAUGCACAGGAAAUGUACCUUACUCUCAUAAGUUGGAGGAUAUUUUGGUGAGCAGCUAAUAGCAUUCAGAUGUUUUCCCAAACAUAGAAUUGUUCAUUUGUUUUCUCCUGGAUUGAUGUCUUUACCAAGACAAUUUUUUGUUAGUAUUGUUUGAGUACUCGAAGGACUUGCGUAGAAAGUAACAGAGCUCCGAGAAAUGACGACAGCUUGUUGGUCUGCGCCUCUGCGGUGAUAGCUUCCUUGACGAAUAUCAGUGUGUCAUCUUCCAUGACACUAGCAGCUUGAUCAGGAUGAUAGUAACAGUGGAGAUCUGAUGAGCAGCUCUGUAGCCACCUUCUUCAGGAGCUGCAAAGGGCUCUUCAAGAUAACCUGAGAUUUCUCUGAACAGUAAGGGCUGCGGCCUCCACCUGGCUGUUCUCUGCAUCUCCAUCCCGGGAUUCGGCUUGAUAGUUUUUUGGAACAGUAAUAAAGAGCAAUCAAUUAUAGAAAACUAGUACACAACAGUGUUUCACGGUGUAAUGCUGUGAAUCCAACAAUCUACAGACAUAUAUACAUCUGAAUGUAUAGGUCUUUGCUGGCUCUUCUAGGCUGGAAAUCUGCAACAGAUAUGUUGUUCAUCAUGUAUCUGCUUGUGACAUGCGCAGAGGACCAAGGCCAAUUUAUUUCUCCAUUACUGUAUGUUUCCACCUGUUUGAAUUUUUGGCAAUGAUGUUGCAGCAUGAUGUAUAGUUAUUUAUGAGAAUCAGGAUUUAUAGUUAUUUAUACAGUACUUUAUAGUACUAGUAUCCAACCGACCUGGUAAUGUAACGCUUUUUUUUUUCACCUUCUCGAUUUCUAGUUUGUUGCUACAUGUCUUUUCUAAUUUGUAUCACCUUCUUUAUCACCCAAAUGUGGUUGCAAUGGCACUGUUCUUAGCUGUGAUCAA